UGAUAUCUUGUUCGGUUGUUCUCUCUGAAAUCUGAACUGUGGGGAUUUCCGUACUCCUUUCUUCUUCCCCUUCACCCCUCAGCCUGAAUCGUUAGGGAUUCAAUUCAGCUUUGAUUCUUCGUUCAGAUCUCGAAUUCGAAUUAAUCGAUCAAAAUGUACGGAUUCGAAGCUAUGACCUUCAACAUUCACGGAGGUUACCUGGAGGCGAUCGUGAGGGGUUACAGGUCGGGCCUCCUCACCGCCGCUGAUUACAACAACCUCUGCCAGUGCGAGACUCUUGACGACAUCAAGAUGCACCUUUCCGCUACCGAGUACGGACCUUAUCUCCAGAAUGAGCCAUCUCCAUUGCACACAACCACAAUUGUUGAGAAAUGCACUCUUAAACUGGUUGAUGAGUAUAAGCACAUGCUAUGCCAAGCGACGGAGCCAUUGUCAACUUUCUUAGAGUAUAUCACAUAUGGCCACAUGAUUGACAAUGUUGUCCUAAUUGUGACUGGAACCCUGCAUGAGAGAGAUGUUCAGGAACUGUUGGAGAAAUGCCAUCCUUUGGGCAUGUUUGACAGCAUUGCUAGCUUGGCAGUCGCUCAAAAUAUGCGUGAGCUUUAUAGAUUGGUUCUUGUUGACACGCCAUUGGCUCCAUACUUUUCUGAGUGUAUUACAUCUGAGGACUUGGAUGAUAUGAACAUUGAAAUUAUGAGGAACACACUUUACAAGGCAUACCUUGAGGACUUUUACAGGUUUUGUCAGAAACUUGGUGGUGCUACAGCAGAGAUCAUGUCUGACCUCCUAGCCUUUGAGGCUGAUAGAAGAGCUGUCAACAUCACUAUAAACAGCAUUGGCACCGAGCUGACUCGAGAUGAUCGAAGGAAAUUGUACUCGAAUUUUGGUUUACUUUAUCCCUAUGGCCAUGAGGAACUUGCUGUCUGUGAGGAUAUAGAUCAGGUUCGUGCUGCUAUGGAGAAAUAUCCUCCCUACCAGUCUAUCUUUUCUAGAUUAUCCUAUGGAGAGAGCCAGAUGCUUGACAAAGCAUUUUAUGAGGAAGAGGUGAAAAGGCUUUGCUUAGCUUUUGAGCAGCAGUUCCAUUAUGCUGUUUUCUUUGCAUAUAUGAGGCUAAGGGAGCAGGAGAUCAGGAACUUGAUGUGGAUAUCAGAAUGUGUGGCUCAAAACCAGAAGUCCAGAGUUCAUGACAGUGUUGUCUUCAUAUUUUAGGUGCAUCGCUGUUCCAAAGGAAGAGCCAUAUGGCUAUCGUUUGAUCUGCUGUAAAUUGCCUUCUAUCAUACCGCAUCCAUCAUUUUAAUUGCAAGUGAGGUUUUAUAGCUAGACCAUCAGCAACCGUUGUCUGUUAAGAAAUAAGUCCUUUUAAGAAGCAUGUUUCCUGGGGACAUAUCUUGUAGUGUGAUGCAAAAUAAACAGGAAACUCUGAUCGGACAACCUCGCACAAGGACAUUAGCAUGUUCAAAUUUGCAAAAAGAAAAGUUAUAGAUAAUGAAAUAAAUUUUGUUAGUUUUU